UGGCCAGAUUUCUUCCUUGGAUGCUCCUUUAUGUCUGCAUGCUGACAGGUAAAUCAUCUUUAAGUGUUACGAGCACCUGGGUGGUGGCCCGAUUUACUGGGUUUAGGAGAGGAGUUAUGCAUCCCAGUUAUAGUAAUAGGGCUUACAAAAUAUCCCAGAUACAUACUCAGAAUUAUUACUAAAAAUACAAGGUACCAUCCCACAGCUAUUUUUGGCCCUUGAGAUAAGGCCAGAAUAAGUCUGGGAGGAGAGUGAGGGAAUUUCUUUGGGAUUGGAGAGGAACAGUGGGGGGUUUUAGGGCUGAAGAGGGGGAUUUGGGGGUAGUGAGUUUAAUGGAAAUGAGUGGGAGUGAGAGGUUAAGAUGGGGAAUUUUGUAUGGAGGUGAAUUUUAUGUUAGAGGAUUGAUUUUAGAUAUAUUUUUUACGACUUUGGGCUGUUUAGUGCCAAUUUUUGUAAAGUAUAUCUUCAUGAUAGGAACUAACCUACUUUCUGCACAUAUAUUUAUAAAUAUUCCACUGAUUUAAUCACAAGUAUCAACAUACCUCUGUUCGUCCAGCCCGCUUUAUUCCCAAAGAUUUCAAGUUAGAUUUUGACUGGUUCUAAAAUGAGAGGGCGCAGGCUAAGAAUUAACUGAGCUAGUGUGGUUAAUGGGUAGAAUUUGUGGUAUAGAGACUUUACAGAAUGAGGUGGAUUUUGGAAUGACUGGAGCGUUUUUGGAUCAAGCUGUUGACGCUAUUUUAUUGAAAUAAACAAGAGAAAAUAAGGAACAUUAGAGAACAGCAUGAAUAUAACGAAAUUAGAUUAUCAAUUUUUGAAAAACAAAAAUUCAGUUCUAGAACUGAUAUUGUUGAUUUUGGUUUCAUACCUUUUUCGAUACCAAGCCAAAGUAAUAUGGAACAUGUUGUAGUUAUAUUUGCUAUUAAUGGAAUUACCAAUACAACUUUAAUAAUCAAAGAUUUCAAGGGAGAGGUUAUUUUGAAUCAUACAAUACCAGACUGUAGUACGAAAUUUUUAUUGCCAAGCUUACAUCCUCAUGAUAUUUUCGCUGCUGUUAUCUGUCACAACAAUGACUUUCACAUGCUGAGGUUCUCUGUUAAUCUAUCCCCCAAUUCAGAGAGACCUUCUGAGGAUUUCUUCAGAAUUGUUGAGAGAUCUUCUCUUAGUCUUCCUGAGGAAAUCUCAAUAUUUCUCUCGAAGAGCAAUGAAACGUUGGGAGAACACUUUGACGUAGUCAAAGUGAUUCCCUACUUUGUAAAAAGAACUGUUUAUUUUAUUCUGGUUGAUAAUUCUGGCCGAAUUAUCAACUUGAAGGCUGGAAAAGAAAUUAUGCAUAUUUUCCGCUUGGAGACUACCCAAAUUACCGAUAUUCAGCGCCAUAAUUUGAACAUGUUGUUCGCAACCAAGAAUAAUGUUGGAUUUCUGAAAGUAUUUGAACAAAUCUCAGAUAUGAUCUUUUGUGAAAUUGGGACAGCUAGAAUCUUACAUGUUGCUGGUGAUCGGACCAGACCAAGUGAGAUCUAUGCGCUGACACAAGAGAAUUAUUCUAACUUCACUAGCGAGCAUCUGGUUAUUUUUCAUAUCAAUUCUAGCAAACAGAGAACUUCAAUGGAGGGAUGUAAGAUUGUUGGAAAAAUAAAGCUUAGUUCUGACAAAGCCUCUUCAAACUUUACUGUAGUACCCUUGAAAGGAUUUGUUGCUGCAAUGGACCCACUCGGAAAACUUUCAGUGUACAAAGCUCUAGAUCUUAAUGAUAUGGUUGGGGAACGAGUCAAGUAUGUUUACAAGCCAUUCAAGAAUUCUCAUAAUGCUACAUCCUCUAUCCCACAGGUAUUAUCCAAGAAAGAACAGCUAGGGAUCUUAAACCAAGAUGUUAGAGGAAUUGAUAGCUACCAAGGCUCAUUUGUAUUAAUUAGAAACCCUCAAAAUCUAUCUGAAGUGAAGCUCUUUGAGUUCAUUCGAAUAAACGAAGAAGAGCCUGAAGGGUUGCUCGAUUUUCUUGAUGUUCGAAUUCUCUUACUCAUCCUAGUUUGAACUGUAUUUUACCUAUGGAGACAAUGCAAAGGAUUCUACUCUAACAUAGCACCUCUCACUGAUGAGUAUGUCGGCCUCGCCGAAGACGAGCUACAUAAGACUGAUAUGAUGCGAAAUUUGAAAUUCGAUUAGCACAUAAAUCAAUUUUGAGCA